UUAUUUUUGUUAUAUUUUUGACACAGAUUCAAGUUCAACGAGUAUAAACAAACUUUAACGUAAACUGCACGUUGAAUUUAUAGACUACUUGGUGAAAAUGAAAUUCUAAGCAGUAAAUAUUCUGUUCUUGAAAAGAAUUACCAGUGUAAAGAUAUGGCAGCCCUACUAAAGACUGUAAACAAUUUUGCGAGGUUGUCAAUACAUCAAAACACAAAAAGAACUCUGUCUCAAUUAUCUGUGAAUUUGCCACAAAAGAGUUUUUUGAAUAUACAAAAGGUUUCUAAAUGUUUUAAUAUUCCAUCAAAAAGUGGACUGCAAACAACAUGUGAAAAUAUGGCCAUGAAGAAACAGAGAAGUAAUUUCCUGACUUACGAAGAAAUAGAUCGUAGAAUGAUGUUGUACGGAGACGGGCAUUAUUUUAAAAAGAAGAAAAAGAAAUCUAAAAUGGAUGGAAGGCCACAGAUGAAGGGGGUUGUUCUCAAGGUGAUGAUCAAAAAGCCCAAGAAACCAAACAGUGCGAAUAGAAGAUGUUGCAAACUAAGGUUAAGCAAUGGAAAAGAGGUUACCGCGUAUAUUCCUGGGGAAGGACAUAAUCUUCAGCAACAUAAUGUGGUUUUGGUUCGUGGGGGAAAGAGACAAGAUUUAAUCGGGGUACACUAUCGAGUUAUGAGAGGUAAACUGGAUUGUGGACCCGUCAUCAAACGAACUUCAUAAACUGUUGGAAAUAAUAUGUGUAUGUUGAAAUAAAUGAAAAUCAUGCAAUGCCGUUUUA